AUGGCCGACACCUUUGAGCCCACAGGGCUCCUAGGCUUUGGUGACGAUAUCGAAAUGGAGAGUGAGGAGCAGGUUGUCGCCUCGCCUCCGAAACCAGCGCCCGCCGGCGCUCCAGCACCAGCACCACGCCCCUUGCGUAACGACAUGCCAUCGUACUCGCCACCACCCUUCGACAUGGAUGAGGAACCGUCCGACUUUGAGGACGACGUGCAGGCCAUGAUGGACGAAGAGGCCGCGGCGAGCGUUGCCCGCGAUCUGAGGAGUCUGGAACCCACUGCCGAGGAGAAGAAGAAGAAGCAGGAAGAGGCUGCGCGCCGUCGUCGUGCCGCCAUCAUGGCCGCGACCCAGCCUCAGCAGACUCAGCAGCCGACUCCACCAACUACACGCAAGACGUCUGGUGUUUCUUCUGCGGCAUCUGGGUCUGAUUCCCAGCUGCCAGAGUUUAUGCUCAACCCAGACCUCGGGUUCGACUUUCGCCCGGUGGCCUCUAGCUCACGUACCCGCACCGAACUCACACCACCCCCGGACCUCGUCGUUGAUGAUGCCGAGGUGUUUGACGAGGUCGGCCGACACCUCCCGCGCCUCAGGGCCACGACGGCGAGUGGCGGCGUGGUCAUGUUUCGCCGCAAGCUGAGGCAGCGUGCUGCAGAAGAGGAGAUUCGGGACGACAUUCAACUGCUGUCCAAACCCCUGCACAAGCUCAAGGCGGAGGUGGAGGAGAUGAGGUCACGGGAGAAGGCUAUGGAGCUGGAGCGCGAGUUUGAGGCCGAGACACAACCGGCCAACGGCAAGGCCCCGGCAAUGACAAUGUGGGUGGACAAGUACCGGCCAAAGAAGUUUAGCGACCUCCUGGGCGAAGACCGCGUUCACCGCGAGGUCAUGAACUGGCUCAAGGAGUGGGACAAGUGCGUGUUCAAGCGUCAGCCACUCAAGAAGAGAAAGCAAGAGGAAGAAGGCUUUGUUUAUGACCCACUCGGCCGCCCAAGAGACCGUGUGCUUCUCCUCUCUGGUCCGCCCGGUUACGGAAAGACCACGCUGGCGCACAUUGUCGCUAAGCAUGCCGGCUACGCGACUCUUGAGAUCAACGCGUCGGAUGACCGCAAUGCUGCCACCGUGUCGAGUCGCAUCAAGAAUGCCAUUGACGCUGGGUCGGGUCUCGCGUCGGACGGAAAGCCCACAUGUGUCAUCAUCGACGAGAUUGACGGAGCGAGUGGAGGAGGUGACACUAGCUUUGUGCGCAGCCUCAUCAAGCUCAUUCAGGAUGUGCCAGCCAGGAAGAAAUCCAACACUCCUGCACGACCACUCCGUCGCCCAAUCAUCUGCAUCUGCAACGACCUUUACGCGCCUGCCCUCCGCCCACUCCGCCCCUUUGCCCAUGUUGUGCGCUUCCGCAAGCCCGCCUCGCAGUUCCUUGUGGCUCGCCUGCGCGAGAUCUGCGAUCGCGAGCGGCUGACCGCCGACCUUCGUGUGCUCACCGCCUUGGUCGACUUGACAGGUGGCGAUGUGCGAAGCUGUUUGAACACUCUCCAGUUUAUCCAGUCCAAGUCGCCUGUGGUGACGCACGAGGCCAUCAAGAGCUCGUCCGUUGGAACCAAGGACACGGGCACGACACUGCAGUCUGCCUGGGACAGUCUCUUCGUCCCCAUGGCGGCCAAGCAGCGCCGCAAGCAGCUCGGUAUCGACGACGGCCGCUACGUCGAUCGCCUGGCUUUCAUGGUGCAGGCAUGCGGCGAGCAUGAGCGUCUGGUACAGGGUCUGUUUGAACACUACCCCAAUGUCAAGCCACUCGACGCAAGCCUGGCCAACGUGUGUCGCCUGCAUGACUGGAUCGCAUAUUAUGACUGCCUGUCAGGCAAGAUUGCCUCCAACAUGGAGUUUGAGCUGCUCGCCUACGUGCCAUACGCCAUUGUGCCGUGGCACACACACAUGGGUGCGCCGGGUAACGCGACCAGGCCUGCAGAGUGGCCCAAGGCAGACUACGAGUCCUUCCAGACACGUGUGGCAAACGAGGAGAUUGCCACCAGUCUCAAGACGUCGAUCCCGCCCAUCCUGCACUCGCUCUUCACGUCCUCGACGAGUCUGACCGAGCUCAUCCCUUUGCUCAUGCGCAUCAUUUCGCCCCCACUGAAGCCUGUGAAUGCCAACAUUGUCAAGCCGGCGGAACGGGCUGUGCUCGCGCGACUGGUGGAGCUCAUGAUUCCGCUGGGUCUGCAGUUCUGGCAGGAAAAGGCCGAGGACGGCCAGCCGAUGAUGCGUCUCGAGCCCGCCAUCGAUGUGUUUGUACACUAUGACGGAAAGCGAGCGGGGGACAUUGCCGCGUCCCGCUUUGCAGUGAGACAGCUCGUGGCCCAAGCGAUGGACUCGGAAAUGGCACGUCGACGCGGCCAGGCCGGAGCGGACUCUGAUGCCAGCAACACCGCUGCCAUGCUGGCGCAGCAAUACGGCGUGGCCAAAACCGGACGCAAGGACGCCGCCGCCGAGUCCCUUGGGCCCUCCACGGACUUUUUUGGUCGUGUCAAGGCGCCUGCUAUCGUCGAGGAUCCAGAUGCGCCAAGUGUGCCGACGCAGUUUGUGUUCCGCGCCGUGUACAAGUUCAACGAGGGCUCGUCGUCUGCCGUUCGCAAGAACGUAAAGAUGAGUGCUCUGAUGUGA